AACAAUAUGCUCAACAUUGGGUUGGGUGGUACCUCCAAAUGAGUGAUCCUCAAAUUUGGUUUGUAGAUCUCAUGCGUACAUUUUAAUCCGAGACACCGAAUAUCAUAUCUGCAAUGCCUAACUAAAUUAGUUACAUAGGAGUAUAUCUGAGAAGUUUUCUAGAUAACCUUAAUUUUUUAUAAUCACAAUUCAAUCGGGAUAUUCAUUAUAUUAAUAUUUAAUCAAAGCUCAAUCAUUAUAGCUGGAAAAAGAAUGCUAGGGUUUGUCUCUAUCCAUGGUCAGGAGAGGUCGACCCUGCCGAACACCCAAUCAUGAUCGGAAAACCCAAGCGACGAAUCAGUCGGAACAGGAAUGUAGCAAGAAGAAGCAAGAUUUGGAAAAUUUGGAGGACUGCGAAGGAGAAGCCAAAGAAAUGGAGAAUGGUAUUAUUACGACAAUUCAUGAGCAAGCCACUGCAAUUAAUGAAGGAAAAUUAUAUGAGGAAGCAAUUGGUGAUCUGGACUUAGAAUAGAGAUCGCUCAAAUGGGAUGGACGCAGAUAAGGGGCUGAUCCCUACGAAUCUAGGGUUUUCCAAUUAGUGUUCUUCUCCGAUCUCAGAUUUAGAAGAAUUAUAUGAUGAAAUUUCAGAUCUUGUGUUCAUGUUGAAUCUUGAAGAACAAAUUUUGGAUCUUCAAUGUUGCACUGUUGUUGCUGCCUCAGGAGUGUUUCUAAAGCUACUGCAUUCUUUUUGCUUUCUUUUUUUAUUUUCAAUGGAGUAUUUUUUACAGAAUUUUUGUGUGUGUAAGAAUUGAAAUUUUGAGUGUGUUUCCUGUGUUGUAAUUUAGAGAGUGUAUGUGACUUAUUUGUUUGAUUAUUUAUGUGAUUUAUGUAUGUUGUGCAUAUGAGAUAGGGGUGAGGAUUGUAGACUCAUACAAUUCAUUUACUCCGUAAUAAAGUGAAGGGCAAUUU